UAGUCAAUUUUUCGUCUUUUAGUUUAACCAAGUUUUAAAGCGUCUCGUUAACAUUGACGAAGCGUUCGCAGAACGAAACCGCCAUCCCUGAAUUUUUGUUUAGUGGAUCAAACAAUCCACAUUAAUCAUGAAACUUAUAAGAUUUUUGAUGAAAUUGAGCCAUGAGACAGUAACGAUUGAGCUCAAGAAUGGUACACAAGUGCAUGGAACAGUCACAGGUGUUGAUGUUUGUAUGAACACCCACCUGAAGGCAGUUAAAAUGACCAUCAAGAACAAAGAUCCAGUACAAGUCGACACGCUCAGCAUACGUGGUAACAACAUUCGAUAUUACAUUCUACCAGACAGUCUACCGUUAGAUACAUUACUAAUUGAUGACACUCCAAAGGCAAAGAUGAAGAAAGGAAGAGAUGGUGGUAUGCGAGGGGGUCGUGGGUGGUAGGGGGAGAGGACGAGGAGGACGUGGGGGAGAGGCAGGGGACGGGGGAGACGAUAAACUGGUGCUCUGGCAGGAGGUUCACAGCGGGAGUGAGA